ACAGAGAGACUAAGCGUCCUAUAGAAAACCGAUAAUAUGUUCUCAAGGUCGAAUAGCAUGGUUUUGUCACUACCAACAAACAAUUUUUACCAAGCGUCUUUUGAUUUCAAAACGAUGCCACGCAGUACAGAGCCUGAAAUCUUCACCUUCGAGCGGGUCCCGGCUCAUGUCCCUCAGCGGAGCGCACCGGUUCGCCCUAAGAGAAGAAACGCACGGGUACUGUAUCCACAGAAGGUCCGAAAGUACCUUCCACCGGCGGAGAAGAGCCCGGCGAAGCGCUGGCUUCUCAUCCUCUGCCUGGUUGUCUUCAUGCAGAUCUACACUGAGGAUUCGCUGGAGACGCAGGUCGCCGCUACCGAUGCCACCGACGCCUUCUGCGACGGACAGUGUUUGCAGUACAAUGUCCUGACUUUCCAGUCCGCGGAGGAGCAGGCGAGACAGAUGACGGGUUCUCUGGAGGAGCUUACCCUGAAGUCUCAAGAACCAACUACGGACGAGGAGAACACAGUCAUCGAACAGCUGCUCAACACUACUUGCCCUAGCUUGGAAGAUGAACUGACAACAAUGUACGAGCAAAGCACGAGAAACGGCUACGUCGUAGCGCUGCUUUACCCUGUGUAUCACAGACUCGGGAGUGAGAAGUAAGCGAAGACGCUCACUGAUCAAGAUGAAGCCCUAAUGGCAAAGUCAAGAGUUUCCCGAACUCGGUGGAAACAAGUGUGAUUGGGGUCUCUAGCCUACGGCGCUUGGGCUCUCCUUGUCAAGACACGAGCUCUCAGCGAAGAAGACUCCAGAAAAACACGAGUGGGGUGAAAUGAUAAUCACAAACUGACAAGACAUUUGAAGGACUGACAUGAAUAGCAUUAACUUGCUAUUGUAACUUGAAUGAAGCUUGAACGGCUAAUUUGUAGAGAAAUUUGAAGAUUUGUUCCUUCUUUUUUUUUUCUUAUGUUUUCACUUGAAGUUCCCGUACAUAGCCGCACAAGUAGACGUAAUCCCUCAGAACUGCGUGAUGAUGUCACUUUGACGUUUUGUGAACUUUUGAAUGCUUCCACUCGACUUACAAGCAUACUUGAAUCUCCUGCUAACAAUGUUGAU